UUAGUAAGACGAGGGUUCGAUUUACAACCCCCAAACGGUUAUCUUCUUCUAAACAUUUCAAUCAAAUAAGCCUUCGCACCAGUAACAUCCCCGAAGGUUAUCUUCUUCUAAACAUUUCAAUCAAUUCACAAGCUUUUUAAGGGAUAAUUUCGUAGAAGACAUUGAAACCCAUAGCUUGUAACAGUUAUAAGGUCUUGCUCUUGUAGAGCGAGGAUUUUGCAUUUGAAGGUUUCUCUCUAUUCUGCUUAUCUUCUUCGGUUCUUCUUCAUCGGCAUAAUCAACAUUCCAAAUCGACUUUCGAUUCCCUAAUAAAGAGGUUACAUUUAUCUAUUUGUGAAAAGAAGAAGAAAAAUGUUUGUGAAACUUCAACAAAUAGAUACCAACUGCUUCCAUGCAUUGAGUUCCAUGAAAACCACCACCAACAUAGGAGUGACUCUGUCCCCACCGGACAAAGUUGAACCCAUCAAGAAAAACAAAGCCCAGCAAGUUCUCGAGACUCCCAAUGGAGGUGUCAAGAGAUUCGGUAAAGUUUACAGACAACCCCAUGACAGAAUUCACAAAUCUGAUUCUGACCAACAUGGUUUGGUCAAGAUCCCAUCUAGAGAACACGGAAGAAAUAUUUGGGGUAAUGGUGGAAUCGAAAAGAAGAGGGAUUUUGUGGAAAAAAUUGGACCAGGGAAUCGGAAUGGUGUGAUGGGGAAGGUGCAUACCAAGUGUUCGAUGAAAUGGGUAAGAUACGGAGGGUGCGUUCCGGCUAUAUUGGAGGCAUUGGAAACAGUUAGUGAUUUGGAUGAGGCUUUGAGGCCCUGGGAAGAGAGUCUUACUAACAAGGAGAGGAGUAUAAUCUUGAAGGAGCAAUCGAGUUGGGAACGUGCUUUGCAGAUUUUUGAGUGGUUUAAGAGAAAAGGUUGCUAUGAAUUGAAUGUGAUUCAUUACAAUAUAAUGCUAAGGAUUCUAGGGAAAGCACGAAGAUGGGGCUUAGUUGAGAGUUUGUGGGAUGAGAUGGGGAAAAGAAGUAUUGUGCCAAUAAAUUCGACUUAUGGUACACUAAUUGAUGUAUAUAGUAAAGGUGGGCUUAAGGAGGCUGCACUUCAUUGGUUGGAAUUGAUGAACAAACAGGGGAUGGAACCUGACGAGGUGACUAUGGGGAUUGUUGUUCAAACGUACAAGAAAGCAGGGGAAUUUGAGAAGGCCGAGCAGUUUUUCAAGAAGUGGUCCUCUGGUAUAUCUUCAACUGGUGAUGGCAGAACUAUUACACCAACAACAUCUGUCAUUGUCAAUGGUGAUUCUCAACCACAUGUUCAUUUAAGCUCAUACACAUAUAAUACCCUGAUUGAUACAUUUGGAAAGGCUGGUCAACUUAAAGAAGCAUCUGAAACUUUUUCAAGGAUGCUAAGGGAUGGGAUUGUGCCAAACACUGUGACUUUCAAUACAAUGAUUCACAUUUGUGGUAAUUAUGGCCAGCUAGAGGAAGUGGUUUCACUAAUGCAUAAAAUGGAAGAGCUUCGCUGUGCACCUGAUACAAGAACAUAUAAUAUUCUUAUUUCCCUUCAUGCUAAACAUGAUGAUAUUAAAAUGGCAGCAAAAUAUUUGACUGAGAUGAAGGAGGCUUCUCUUGAGCCAGACCUUGUGAGUUACCGCACCCUCUUGUAUGCGUUCUCGAUAAGGCAUAUGGUUUGUGAAGCAGAAGAGCUCGUUUCAGAGAUGGAUAGAAGGGGUCUUGAGAUUGAUGAAUUCACCCAAUCAGCUCUGACCAGAAUGUAUAUAGAAGCUGGAAUGCUUGAGAAGUCAUGGUUAUGGUUCAAGAGGUUUCAUCUUGAAGGGAAUAUGAGUUCCGAGUGCUACUCUGCCAAUAUUGAUGCAUUUGGGGAGCGUGGGCAUGUGUUGGAAGCUGAGAAAGUUUUCAUCAGUUGCCAAGAAGGUAAAAAGCUGACUGUCGUUGAGUUCAAUGUGAUGGUCAAAGCUUAUGGGAUCAGCAAGAGAUAUGAAAAGGCAUGUCAGUUAUUUGAUAAUAUGGAGAAACAUGAUGUAGUUCCAGACAAGUGUAGUUAUAAUUCUCUCAUCCAAUUGCUAGCUACUGCUGAGCUGCCACAUUUAGCAUUGCCCUAUGUGAGGAAAAUGCAGGAGGCAGGAUUGGUUAGUGAUUGCAUCCCAUAUUGUGCCGUGAUCUCAAGCUUUGUGAAGUUAGGUCAGUUGGACAUGGCAGAGGGAGUGUUUACAGAGAUGGUAAGAUUUAAUGUACAGCCUGAUGUUGUUGUUUUCGGUGUACUGAUAAAUGCAUUUGCUGAUAUUGGAUGCGUUAAAGAAGCUUUAAGAUAUGUUGAUGCAAUGAGAGAUGCAGGUAUAUCCAUGAAUGCUGUUAUAUAUAACUCCUUGAUCAAGCUUUACACUAAAGUUGGAUACUUGAACGAAGCACAGGAAACAUACAAAAUGCUUCAGGCAUUUGAGAUGGGUCCUGACCUAUAUUCUUCAAACUGUAUGAUAGAUCUCUACACUGAGAGAUCUAUGGUUAAAGAAGCAGAAAAUAUUUUUGAGAACCUGAAGAGAAAAGGGGAUGCAAAUGAGUUUUCAUAUGCGAUGAUGUUGUGCAUGUACAAGAGAAUAGGGAUGUUUAAGGAAGCUGUUCAUAUUGCACAAAAGAUGAAAGAACUGGGGCUUCUGACUGAUUUGUUGAGUUAUAAUCAUGUGCUUGGGUUGUAUGCUUUAUAUGGGAGAUUCAGGGAAGCCGUGGGAACUUUUAAAGAGAUGAUGAGUUCCACCAUUCAACCUGAUGAUUCUACAUUUAAAUCACUUGGAGUUGUUUUAGUGAAAUGUGGAGUUCCAAAGCAAGCUGUUGGCAAGCUAGAAGCAACAAGAAAGAAGGACACUAAGGCUGGGUUGCAGACAUGGGUGUCAACUCUUGAUUCUGUGGUUGGUGUGGAUAUCGACGAUGUUGAUGUUAGUAAUGCUUAACUCCCUGUUCUGAGAUAACCUUUUUGUGCUUAAACUCUCUGGGGUUAGGAUGGAAUGUACAGAGUUGGACCAAAUAAGUUCAAAUAGUGGCAUGCCAUACACUUCAGUGGAUAUGUUUCAAGAAACAGUUCGGUAGUAAUUAUGUAAAGGGAAAUUCAAAUAGUGACAACACUCAACUAGUUUGGUGUCUUAGACCCAUGGACCCUAUCACAAUAGCUGUAGUCUCUUGUGAGACACCUGACUAGUUAGAUGUCGUCAAUUGGAUCAUUGCUCAUUACUCUAAUGUAAAAGUUAAGUUUUGGUUUACCAUAGAAGGGCAUUCGACGAUAGCCACUUGUGGCUGUUAAUAUAAAUUUUUGCAUAUUCCCUGAUCACCUAAACAUAAAAGACUGUGGGUCAUUGUGGCCAGGGCUUGUGGCAUAGUCUUCCUAAAUGGAGGAAUAUCGUCGUUUCCUUUGUUAUUGUUUAAUGUAAUGACAGUGGGUUAUCUGAGUAAAUCCAACAUGGAAGAA